AUGUGCGCAUUAAGGUAUCGCCAUACCGUGUUGUUCGAGACCGCCGACCAAUGGAGGACUAAAGCCGACCACAACGAAACGCAUGUUACUGUUAGUGGGACAGAAGAUGGUAGUAUUACUGUUCAACGGCGGGUUAUAUAUCCUGUGAAGGAGGAAGUGAAAGACGAGGUUCGAGUUACCUGGAACAGCGGAAGGGUGGCAAGUGACGGCAAGAUAGUCCCACAGCUUUUGGAUGGACUGAACGUUUACCGUCGGAAGCACGACGGCGAGGGGCUUCCUGACGGUUAUAUAGACAGUGUUGUGCAGAUUGGGCUUCACAGGGGAUCUUUUGAUUUGGAAGCUGUUAAAGGAGCAUUGGGAGCGUGGCCGGAGUUUGACGCCGAGACGCUAAAGUGGGAUCAAUGUAGCUACGAUAUCAAUGUUAACGGUACAUUGAGGGUGGAUGAGUAUUGUGUCCCUGGCAUCGAAGACACGCUUGUAUUUGGUGCUUCAAAACCAGAUCUUGGUUCAGGAACUAGUGAGAAAAAGUUGGAACUAGGUUUGUUUUACGUUGAGAGCUCUGAUGAAGAUAGCGUCCACUUAUCGGGAGUUCGUUGUAAGUGGCUUAAUGAUGGAAGUGAUCAUCUUGAUAAAUGCCAUAAAACGUAUCUCCUGUACACACCGCAACAUACUAUUCGCGGAGAUGCUGACGCACCUAUCUAUCUGGAAAAGCCAGUAGGGAUGCAUCCUACGAUACAUGCUAAUAUGAGCAGUGUCAGAUUGUCACGGAGUGAUUGUAGGCUAUACGCUUUUAUGAACAUUCCUGUCGAGCUCUUCGUGGAUAAGUUCCAGCAGCCGCCAACACUACUAUUUGGGGAGCAUGACUUGGAGUUGCCUGAAUACAAACUAGAAUCAUGGGGGUCCGAAGUGCUAUAUGAGUUGAAUCCAGGCCAAGAUAAUGAAAUUAAACUACAUUCGCGUUACAUAAAGCCCGACAAUGGGGGCAGGUAUCGUGAUAUUAGCUUCCGUCCAUUUAUUUUCGAAGCGUGUCCCUCGGAAUACACAGUGUCUGAAAACCCGUUUUUCCAAAGAGGUCUUGGCUACGAAUCAUAUUUCACACCAGAUACUAAAUUUAGGCACAUAAACAAUACUGAUUUACAUUUAACUAUACCCAGAGCAGAUAUUGGCGAUUACGGCACUGUUCAGUGGACAACUAUUAUGUGUGUGCUAUUGUCCUGUGCAUAUCUGUUAAUAUCCAUCUUCAGACCUAUCUCUCGCAAAUAA